AUGAUCAAGAAAGCUGUGGAAAAUAAUUCUGAAGAACAAGAACACAGAGUUAAGGCUGAUGAUGAAAGGAAAAACAGUGUGUUCAAAUUCAAUUGGGGUCCUGGUUUACGCGAUCUAGAAUUCUUCCGUCGCAAAAAGUUUCAAAAGCAUGAAAAGAAAGAAAACAGCCUAAAGGGCCCUGAUGAUAGGGAAAACAAAGUGUCUAAACUCACUUGGAGGUUUACUGCUAAUUUUGCAUUUGGAAAUCCAAAAAGACGAAAAAGAUCACAAGACGUAGCCAACGACGUCCCACUUGGUUUCAACAAUCAAGAACAGUACUUGUUGAAAGAAAAAUUGGUUGGAAAAUCAGGAAAGCAUGAAGAGGAUGUCAAAGAAGAGGCUACAAGACAAAAGAAGAAGGCGAAGAGGAACAUUAUUGGUGUAGCUGAAGCCCCUCUUAUUAUCAACAAAAAACAAAGAGAAUUGCCUAUUGAAUUCAAGAACGUGAUUACUGAGAUUGGGGGUUCACUUGAAUCACUUAAAUUGGUCAUUGUGAAAAGACUAUUCCAGAGUGAUGUUAAACGAGCAGAGGGAAGGCUUUCAAUCCCUCUAAACAAGAUAACUGAGUUUCUUGAGCCAGGAGAUCAUUUUCUUAGUCCAGAUGAAGAUGCACGUUUGGAUACUCGCAAUGGGGGCAAAAUGUUUACGAUGAGAGUAACGUUGAUUGAGCCUUCUCGUCGAAUAAGUAAAAUCAAUCUGAGAAAAUGGCAUAUGAACAAAGAUAAUGGGAAAAGAAAUUCAAGUUAUGUGUUGGUUACAGACUGGAAUGAGGUGACAAAAAGGAACGCUUUGAAAAUUGGUACUCCGGUGCAAUUGUGGUCAUUUAGAAUGGGUCCUGACUUGUGUUUUGCACUGGUUAAACCUCAAGAUUGA